AUGUCAGAUAUUCCAGCGGAAGAGCACGUCUCCAAGGCUAUUGCCUUGCAUGAAGCUGCGUGCCGACACGGUUGGGGCAUGCGACCGAAUCAGAGGGAGGGCGUGGAGUGGUUGAGAAAGGCGGCGGAGUGCGCCAGCGUCGAGAUUGCGGAGGACGAGGACCAUGUCAAGGAAGGAAAGGCAGUGGACUUCCUUGAGCGCAAGACACGAAAGGCUCAAUUUGCGCUGAGCAUCUAUGAGCUGGGUGUUAGCCACAUGAAUGGCUGGGGCAUAGAGCAGGACAAAGCUCUUGCAUUGCGAUGCUUUGAAAUCGCUGGUAACUGGGGUGACGUCGACGCUCUCGCAGAGGCUGGCUUCUGCUAUGCACAAGGCAUCGGCUGCAAGAAGAACUUGAAGACUAGUGCCAAGUUCUACAGGAUGGCCGAGGCCAAGGGGAUGAGCAUGGUUGGAAACAGCUGGAUCCACAAGUCCAAAUAUAAUGAUGAAGGCAAAGAGGACAAGAAGAAGCCUCGGUCCAAAUCAAGGAGCCGAAAUAUCUUCGGACGCAAGUCCAGGGCCAACACUGCUGCCAGUUCAUAA